AUGGCCACAGUCAGAGACAGCUUUCUCGACCUCGAAAAGCACCGUCUGCAACUUGAAGACAAUAUCGCCAAGUUGCAGAAGGCUCUGCAGCACUGGCGACAAUGGGACGCGGAGUAUGAGUCCUUGAAAGAGGAGAUCGAGUCUGCUCCCCAACCCGCCAGCUCUGAGCACCUCGCGCGCAUCCGCCGGGACUUUGAGGGCGAGGUCGUCGACAAGAAGGAGAUCAAUGACUUGUUUGGCAGGAUCGACCUUAAGCCUGCUGAGCAGAUUGUCAAUCUCCUGACGCGUCGCAUCGACUAUGUGUCCAAGAACAUCGAGACGCUCGAGAAGCAGCUCGAGUCUGCUGAGCAGAAGCACGCCGCCGCCAGCAUCGUCAGCAACCCCGACGUGCGCGACGAAGAUGGCCUGCCCAUAACAGAGAUCAUCGAGGAGCUGGACGAGGAAGGCAACAUUGUUGCUAGUCGGCUCCAGCGUCCGGGCGACUCCAGUGGGCAGAUCAGGGAGAUCUUGGAGAAGGCCGGCGUCAAGGACAUUCCUGAGGGCAAGACUGAGAGCCCGGAAAAGGUUGAAGCGAUCGUCGAGGAUGUCACCGACAAGCCUGCUGAGGCUCCAGCACCGAAGGAGGAACUCGUUCCUGCCGUCGAGCCAUCUCAGUCCGAGUACAAGGUCGACGACAUCGUCCCUGUCAAGAAGACUGUCUCCUUCUCGGAGGAUACCAAGCCCGCUUCAGAGCCUCAGAUUUCUAGAAACGCCCAGCGCGUGGAAGAAAUCAUGAAGACGGCGAAGGAUCAGGAGGAGAUUAGCCGGCAGCCUCCUGUCGUUCCCGAGGGCGAGACUGAGGAAGACGCACUCCUCCGCCGAGAGAUGCUCAAGUACGGCAUGGAGGAGGUCGGGGCUGUCGUCGCUGAGUUGACGCUCGAGGAAGGCUCCGGCGAUGACGACGAUGACUGGGAGUACGACUACUCUGACCUUGACGAGGACGAGGAAGAGGACAAGUACGGACGUUCCACCAGCAGUGUCCUCGACGACGGCUACCACCAGCGGAUGCUCGAGCUCGAGAAGCGACUUGGUGUCAAGUCUCGCUUUACGGAGAAGGCCGAGGAAGAAGCGGAUGACUCCGACAACGAGGAUAAGCAAGGCAUCGGUCGCAUCGUUAUCAAGCGUGGCGAGCAGGCCAAGGCUUCGGAACCUCCCAAGUCUACGCCUUCCCCGGCCGCUUCCAGCCUGCGAACCUCUUCGCCGACCGAGUCUGACAGCAAGAAGAGCGUUCGCUUCGCCCAAAACCUCGAUAUCGCUCCCGAGACGACGCCUGCAACAUCAUCGCCAGCUGUCGCUCCCGAGGCUCCCACAGAGCCCAUCGUCGAGCCUCUUAGCGACAUCGUUGAGCGCUCUGGCCCCGCGCAGCAAACAGAAGUCACGUCCAUGCGCAAGGCUUCACGCUUCAAGAAGCAAAGAGCUGCCCCGACUGUCGUUGAUGACGACGCCGUCCCCAAGGGUCCGAUGGAUGUACCUGUCCGUUUCCUCGACCAGGACCGACCCACUGCUCCUACUGGCCCAGAAGGCAAGACGCUCGCCGAUGCCAUCGUGGAGAAGGAGGCCAACCCAAUGGACGACGACGCCUUUGGGGAUGACUUCAUCGACCAAGACGUUGCCGACGAGUACCACCGCAAGCGGAGAAACUUCAUCCAGAAACAGGGUGGUUUCUUGCAAGAAGACACGUCUGUGAUCCGGCCACUGGACGAGGCCGACGGCGGUCAGCGCAUCAGCAAGUUCAAGGCUGCUCGUCUUUCCAAGCAGUAG